GACCGGGCGGCGGCCCAGGCGGCGUAGGGGGCGCGGCGGCCAAGGCGGGCGGCGCCGCCGACAUGACCGACAACAUCCCGCUGCAGCCGGUGCGCCAGAAGAAGCGGAUGGACAGCAGGCCCCGCGCCGGGUGCUGUGAGUGGCUGAGAUGCUGUGGGAGAGGGGAGCCCAGGCCCCGCACUGUCUGGUUGGGGCACCCCGAGAAGAGGGACCAGAGGUAUCCUCGAAAUGUCAUCAACAAUCAGAAGUACAAUUUCUUCACCUUUCUUCCUGGGGUACUGUUCAACCAGUUCAAAUACUUUUUCAACCUCUACUUUUUACUUCUCGCUUGUUCUCAGUUCGUUCCUGAGAUGAGACUUGGAGCACUCUACACCUACUGGGUUCCCCUGGGCUUCGUGCUGGCCGUCACCAUCAUCCGCGAGGCGGUGGAGGAGAUCCGAUGCUACAUGAGGGAUAAGGAAGUCAACUCCCAGGUCUACAGCCGGCUCACAGCAAGAGGGACGGUAAAGGUGAAGAGUUCCAGCAUCCAAGUUGGAGAUCUCAUCAUUGUUGAAAAGAACCAGCGGGUCCCUGCUGACAUGAUCUUCCUGAGGACAUCAGAAAAAAAUGGGUCUUGCUUCUUGCGGACGGAUCAGCUGGAUGGGGAGACAGACUGGAAGCUGCGGCUUCCCGUGGCAUGCACGCAGAGGCUCCCCACGGCUGCCGAUCUUCUUCAGAUUCGAUCGUAUGUAUAUGCAGAAGAGCCACAUAUUGACAUUCACAACUUUGUGGGAACUUUUACCAGGGAAGACAGCGACCCUCCCAUCAGCGAGAGCCUGAGCAUCGAGAACACGCUGUGGGCAGGCACCGUCAUCGCAUCGGGUACUGUUGUGGGUGUCGUUCUCUAUACCGGCAGAGAACUCCGGAGCGUCAUGAAUACCUCAAAUCCCCGAAGUAAGAUUGGCCUCUUUGACCUGGAAGUGAACUGCCUCACCAAGAUCCUAUUUGGCGCUUUGGUGGUGGUCUCGCUGGUCAUGGUUGCCCUUCAGCACUUCGCGGGUCGUUGGUACCUGCAGAUCAUCCGCUUCCUCCUCCUGUUUUCCAACAUCAUUCCCAUCAGUUUGCGCGUGAACCUGGACAUGGGCAAGAUUGUGUACAGCUGGGUGAUUCGGAGGGAUUCAAAGAUCCCUGGCACCGUGGUCCGCUCCAGCACGAUUCCUGAGCAGCUGGGCAGGAUUUCUUACUUACUCACAGACAAGACAGGAACUCUUACGCAGAAUGAGAUGGUUUUCAAACGGCUGCACUUGGGAACAGUGGCCUAUGGCCUCGACUCAAUGGACGAAGUACAGAGCCACAUUUUUAGCAUUUACACCCAGCAAUCCCAGGACCCCCCAGCUCAGAAGGGCCCCACGGUCACUACCAAGGUCCGGCGGACCAUGAGCAGCCGUGUGCAUGAAGCCGUGAAGGCCAUCGCGCUGUGCCACAACGUGACUCCCGUGUAUGAGUCCAACGGGGUGACCGACCAGGCCGAGGCCGAGAAGCAGUACGAAGAUUCCUGCCGUGUGUACCAGGCGUCCAGCCCAGACGAGGUGGCCCUGGUCCAGUGGACCGAAAGUGUGGGUUUAACCCUGGUGGGCCGAGACCAGUCUUCUGUGCAGCUGAGGACCCCUGGCGACCAGAUCCUGAACUUCACCAUCUUGCAGAUCUUCCCUUUUACCUAUGAAAGCAAGCGCAUGGGCAUCAUCGUGAGGGAUGAAUCAACUGGAGAAAUUACGUUUUACAUGAAGGGAGCGGAUGUUGUCAUGGCUGGCAUCGUGCAGUACAACGACUGGCUGGAGGAAGAGUGUGGCAACAUGGCCCGAGAAGGGCUGCGGGUGCUCGUGGUGGCGAAGAAGUCUCUAGCAGAGGAGCAGUAUCAAGACUUUGAAGCCCGCUAUGUCCAGGCCAAGCUGAGUGUGCACGACCGCUCCCUCAAAGUGGCCACUGUGAUCGAGAGCCUGGAGAUGGAGAUGGAGCUGCUGUGCCUGACGGGCGUGGAGGACCAGCUGCAGGCUGACGUGCGGCCCACCCUGGAGACCCUGCGCAACGCUGGCAUCAAGGUUUGGAUGCUGACAGGGGACAAGCUGGAGACGGCAACGUGCACAGCGAAGAAUGCACAUCUGGUGACUAGAAACCAAGACAUCCACAUUUUUCGACUGGUGACCAACCGUGGGGAGGCCCACCUCGAGCUGAACGCCUUCCGCCGGAAGCAUGACUGCGCCCUGGUCAUCUCCGGAGACUCCCUGGAGGUUUGCCUCAAGUACUACGAGUACGAGUUCAUGGAGCUGGCCUGCCAGUGCCCGGCCGUGGUCUGCUGCCGCUGCGCCCCGACCCAGAAGGCCCAGAUCGUGCGCCUGCUCCAGGAACGCACCGGGAAGCUCACCUGUGCAGUGGGUGAUGGAGGCAAUGAUGUCAGUAUGAUUCAGGAGUCCGAUUGUGGCGUGGGGGUGGAAGGAAAGGAAGGAAAACAGGCUUCCCUGGCUGCAGACUUCUCCAUCACUCAAUUUAAGCAUCUUGGCCGGUUACUCAUGGUGCAUGGCCGGAACAGCUAUAAGCGAUCAGCUGCCCUCAGCCAGUUUGUGAUCCACAGGAGCCUCUGUAUCAGUACCAUGCAGGCUGUCUUUUCUUCCGUGUUUUACUUUGCCUCCGUUCCUCUCUAUCAAGGAUUCCUCAUCAUCGGGUACUCCACAAUUUAUACUAUGUUUCCUGUAUUUUCUCUGGUCCUGGACAAAGAUGUUAAGUCGGAAGUUGCAAUGCUGUAUCCCGAGCUCUAUAAGGAUCUCCUCAAGGGGCGACCGUUGUCCUAUAAGACAUUCUUAAUAUGGGUUUUGAUUAGCAUCUAUCAAGGGAGCACCAUCAUGUAUGGGGCGCUGCUGUUGUUCGAGUCGGAGUUCGUGCACAUCGUGGCCAUCUCCUUCACGUCGCUGAUCCUCACCGAGCUGCUGAUGGUGGCACUGACCAUCCAGACCUGGCACUGGCUCAUGACGGUGGCUGAGUUGCUCAGCCUGGCCUGCUACAUCGCCUCCCUGGUGUUCCUACAUGAAUUCAUCGAUGUGUACUUCAUCGCCACCUUGUCGUUCUUGUGGAAAGUCUCCGUCAUCACUCUGGUCAGCUGCCUCCCCCUCUACGUCCUCAAAUACUUGCGAAGACGGUUCUCUCCCCCCAGCUACUCGAAGCUCACAUCAUAGGCUCUGCGCUUGGUGGAGGGGACCCUGGUCUCUGCACUUUCCUGAUGGACAGAGUUCAAGUUCCAUUCAUAUUAACCACCUCCUGUGGAUUUUGCAGUAAUUGAUAACACGUGCAGUUUUGAUGUGACAAGGCUCUGCAUUCACACGGAGUCCUAACGCUGAAUAAACAGGAGGGAGGUUCCUAAAAGGCACCCACGCAGGCCUGGCUCAACCCCUGGUUAUUCAUAUUUGAGUGGAUGUGAAUAUGUUAAAACUGGUGGCUCAGCUGAGAGAUUUAUGUGGGUCACUGUGCAAGCUUCCUUAUGACUUGAAUUUCGUUGUCAUGUGAUAAAAGUUUCUGUCUAGUUGAAGGUCGUAGAAGGCUUGUUUUGUGUGUUUUUUCUUACCACUCUUAAUGUGUGUGUACUCUUUAAGUCUUUCCUGCUCUUAAAAAGUGGUUUCAGAAAAUAUAGAGCUCUUGAUGUAGGUUUGGGAGGACAAUGCAGUGACAUUUGGUAAAAAUGUAUCCAAACAAUCAUCUCCAUUUGGAAAUGCUAAAUAUCCUCUCUAAAGUUAGCUCUCCUUAUUGAAGCUGCACUGGCUUUCUAGGAUUAUAAAAAGUAAAUGAGAGGGAGAGCGGGUGCCAUAAAUCCAGUAUUAUCCUUGAUCGGAUUUGACAUCCAUGGUACUUGAGUUAAUUUCACCCGCCACCUUGUGAAAGAAUUUCAGAGGUGUGAUCCUGCUUUGCCGGGACCUGGUAUCAAUUACAAAGACAGUGGCUAGCUGAGGACACCCUCGACAUAUUCAGCAGAGUUGUUUUAGCAGGAAACUUGCCACUGAAUGGCCCCUAAAUGUGUCGACAGUGUGAUAAGAGACUCAACUAAUUCUUUAGACAACAUAGCAGGUGUGACUCAAUCCUCUGAGUCCAAGGCAGAAAGGUCAGGGAGCUGGGGCUCUUCUCUUCCACAGAAAUCUGUUUCCUGUUAGAGAAAUUAUUGAGGAGGGAUGGACAAAGACAGGCAUCUUGCCACGUGGCCAUUCAUUGGUGGCAGCUUUUAAAGCAAGGAUCCCUGGUGACAUAAGGCCCAGGCUGCAUCUUAGGGAUCUGGGAUCUGUUCCACCACCUGCAGAUUUCAAGGGGAACUUGAUGAAAGGCAGCCAGUAGUAAAGAUUUCUCCCCUACCAGGAUGGACAACAUGCAUGUGUGUUUCUUAUAAAGCUGUGGAUUCUCAUUUCAGAGGAAGCAGGGAGUUUGCAAGCACUGGGUGUGGCAGGGGAAGGCGUUCUUGGGUUUUCAAGUCACUUCUUGCAGAAGUCACAUACGCACGCCAUAAGGGUUAAGUUGGUGGGUCUUCAAGAACGGAGUGUGGUUGAUAUCUUGGAUUUAUGAUUAAUUCUUUAUGAGUACAUACCGGUCAGAUCUUCAGCAUGACACUACUGGUGUGUGCUUCAGAGAUGUAAGAUGCUGAUGCCUACCAGCUUACCUUAGGGAGAGUUGGGGACUCAAGGAUCAGACAGUUCCUUGUCUUUGGAGUCCUCCUGAAUGCACAUGUAUUUUGUGUUGUCCUUUUAAGACUUUCUAGAAUGACAGUACGUUGCAAGCACUGAUAAAUUAUCUAUUGACAUCACUUCUAUUUUGUUUUAAGAUUCUGUAGUUUUGCAGUAUUUCCCUCUUCCGGAUUCAACCAUUUCUGCCAGACAGAAAAGGUCUACAGAAAAGAUGUAUUGCUUUAAAUGAAGGGUUGUUUAGGAAUAGGAUCUUUGUCCAAAAAUUUCAGAAAGUUGAGCAAGUCUGACUUCUUCAUGGAGUGAUUUUUAUGUGGUUUCAAAGGUAGUGGAAGAGAAAGUUGUUCUCAAAUUUUUUGAGCCUCCGUUUGCUUUCUCGGAAGUCAGUCUGUAAACUGGAAGUCUUAAGCUAGUUCCGUUCUGAGUUCGCAAACCCUGAACCUGGCCUUGUUUACAGAGAUGGGCAAUGGCUUCUGCAGGUCAGUCACGUGGAACCCUUGUGAGGAGAUUUUAGAUGUUUCCAGCAGGUAUAGAGACUGAAGAUGACCUCUCUGCUCUUUUUAUUAAUUCCCAAUUUUGGUUGAGGUGCACAAGUUGACUAUUCACGUCAACACUUAAGAUACCGCUUGACAUCUCGAAGGGAGAAAGCUUCCCAAAGAGGCUGAAAAAGCCAUACGUGGAAAUCAAAGAUGCUUGCCCAUGUCCACCACGAACCUCCUUGUUCUCUUGUCUCGGCCACACUUGGGUGGAGGCAGUCAGGGGCGAGAAGGACCGAAAGCCAAGUGGAAACAACCUUGUCAUAGGAUCAUCUGGCCAGUGGGCAGUUUGCUGCCGCCACCCGCUGGGGGGUCCCCAAGUGUCUAGGAACGGGCACACCAUGCUUCUCAAACACUGGGUCACAGGGGGCAUCCAGUUGGUUGAGAGAGUACCUGACCCUUACCUGAACAGAUGGAACUGUAAUCCCAAUAGAGCACCUGGGAGUGCUCAGGCACUUCCAGGGGGUGAUCUUAGUUGUAGGGGGGGGAGUAAAGAAACAGCUGACGAGAAACCCGAGCUAUUAUAUAAGCAACUCUCCUGAGUGUAUACAGCUUAAGCAUAAGAUUAUAGUUGACCUUUUUCUUGGUUCACCAAUCUGGAAAGUGCUCAUAUGAAGCACCAUGGACACUCUCGCCUUGGAAGGGACUUAGGUUUCUGACAGCCAAUUUAAUUUGAGGUCAGAGGGCCUCGAGGCACAGUCAGCACUGUUUGACACGUUACCCCAUGCCCUUUGAUAUACCUUUUGAUGAUGUUUGUUUUGUCUUUUUUCCCUCCUCCCUUCUCUAAGAAAAUGACCAGAUAGGUUUCUCCAUCUCGAGUCAUUUCUCAAAUUAGACAGUCCUGGUCCUAGUUUUGUGAGCACGCGUGCACACAUGUGUGUUGUCUAUGGUGCUAGGUGAGACAGGUGGCACUAACUUCUUGGAGGGCAUCCCUGGGCGCAUUUUAAAGUUGAAGCAAACCACCUGUUUCCAGCUGCCUUGAGCUGGUAGGCCACAUACUGGCGUUUCUCCCACUUGUAGCAUUGUUAUAUCCCAUCCCAGUCGAGCUCACCUUGAGUGGAAUUCUUUUUUGUAACAAUUAUCUUAAAUAUCAUCAUCUCUUUACCAACAUUUCCUCUGUUUGUUCUCUGCUGAAAAUUUAAAUUGUACUGACAAAACUUUUUAAUGUAUUUUGAAUUCUGUGCUCAUUGGAAAUUGACAAGUUAAUGCCUAUUUUUUUUUUUUUUUUUCCUCUAGACUUUUGUUUUUAUACUUUGUCUUGUUUUUACUGGGGCGGGGGUGGGCAUGCACAGAUGCCUUUACAUGCAUCAUUUAAAGUCUUUGCCAAAAUUGCAAAUGGGACAUACACAUUCUGCUUUAUCCUGUUUAAAGCAAACACCUGUCGGUCACUUUUACCUUUUACGUGUGUUUGAAAUGUGUGUGUGAGAGUGUAUCUCAAGUUUUUCUUAAGAGAUAUUGGGUUUCCAUUGUAUUAAAAUUUUAUCACUCCCAACUCUGUUUUCAUUUUAAAAAUAUGCAAGGAGCUUUGUAAAUACAACAGAUUUUAUUUCUCCCCCCUUCUUAUAAUGUAAAGCUAUUUGUCAUUUAUAUAUACUUGAAGUAUUUCCAUUAAUGAUGUCCAUUUCUGUUUGGAAAAAAAAUUAUGUUUUUGAGUGGAACUGAAAAGUAUCCCACCGUGUGAGCAGCGCUUCUCCCUGGAGCUCCAAAGCAUCUUCUCAUGCCAAAGCCCCAUUACCUGUGAAUCUGUCUUCUCCGUCACAGCAUGGUUUGAGAUGCAUUCUGUUAAUAUAGCUGGGCAGUGUCAGUGACUAUUGUGUUUGUGGGGUCAGGUAGGGGAGAGGGUGUGGUAUUUGCAAAAAAGAAAAAAAAUUGUGGCUAAUUUAUUAUUUUGUUGCAGUGGGGUUAACUGUAAACUCAUCUGGGAGUCCAUGAUUUCCUUAUUAGUAAAUCUCUCUACAUGUAAUCCUCAUUGCAAAUAUUCAUCAGGACAGAGUUUUUUGAUUAGAAGGGAAGCUGUGGUACAGUAUGCUUUAAUUUAGCAGGAACUUCCAGAUGAUUUAAAUUCUCGAUUCUAUGAUGACACACAUGUGAUCAUUCGUGUUUCGGAGAGAUUCUACUUUCAUUGUUUGCCAGCGUGGCCCAUUCCUGUUGCCCAAUAAAGCUCGUGUACUUUCUGCCUUGAGGGGUCAUUUUAAUUUGUACAGAAACAUGAAUUCUGGUGUCAAAAUGAAGACUUUUUAUUGUAAUGCUCCUAUUUUAUGCUUAUCUUGUGGUACAUGAAAAUGUAACAAACUUGUUUUCCAGUUAAAAAAAUUAUAUUCAUUUUGGCAAAACAACCCCAAACCAAUGCAUGUUAUUUAUUAUUCUGUACUAUUGCCCGUUCCA